GUCGCCUCGAUUAUCACGUAUAUAUUUACUAUUUCUGCUACUUCCACCGUCGUUAUUCAAUCAUGGACACGGAAACUCUUCCUCCCACCCUCCAGAAUGUCCUUGACCAGACCACCUUGAAGUGGAUAUUCUGCGGCGGGAAAGGUGGUGUAGGGAAGACAACGACAUCGUGUUCGCUUGCCAUACAGCUAGCAAAAUGCCGCCAGUCGGUCCUUCUCAUCUCAACCGAUCCUGCACAUAACUUAUCCGAUGCUUUUGGUCAGAAAUUCUCCAAAGAUGCGACCAAAGUCAACGGGUUCGAUAAUCUUUUUGCGAUGGAGAUCGACCCAACGAGUGCAAUACAGGAAAUGGUGGACCAGUCUGAUUCAAAUGGAAUGAUGGGCUCCAUGAUGCAAGAUCUUGCGUUUGCUAUUCCUGGUGUCGACGAAGCUAUGAGCUUCGCUGAAAUCAUGAAGCACGUAAAGUCGAUGGAAUAUUCUGUCAUAGUAUUCGAUACGGCACCAACGGGCCAUACUCUUCGUUUCCUCUCGUUCCCAACAGUGCUGGAAAAGGCGCUAGGGAAAUUGAGCAGUCUCGGGUCACGAUUCGGCCCUAUGAUCAAUCAGAUGUCCUCCAUGAUGGGCGGAGAAGCUGGAUCCCAGGAAGAUAUGUUCGCCAAACUUGAAUCGAUGCGCGCUGUCAUCACCGAAGUAAACACACAGUUCAAAGAUCCUGAAAAGACGACCUUCGUCUGUGUUUGCAUAUCUGAAUUCCUGUCGCUAUACGAAACCGAACGUUUGGUGCAAGAACUGACAUCGUACGAGAUUGACACGCAUAACAUCGUCGUAAACCAGCUUCUUUUCCCAAAGAAGAGCUCUAAUUGCGAGCACUGCCGGGUCCGGCAAAAGAUGCAACAGAAGUAUUUGGGGGAGGCCCAUGAACUCUACGACGAGUUUUUCCAUAUAGUACAAUUACCCUUACUUACGGAGGAGGUCAGAGGUCCUGAGAAGCUGAAAGAGUUCAGCAAGAUGUUAGUAGAACCCUACGUCCCGCCUUUGGAUUGAAGGGGGUACAGCCAGGAUUUCAUUGGAUGAUAUUGUAGACUACACGAUUCGGAUACACUGAUAUGAGUACAAUGACCACAAAUAGGCGUAGACAAAAACGAUCAUCUCGAC